AUGACUAGUGAGCUAGAAAGUAUCAUGAAAGCCAACGGUGACGGCGGCAGUACUUCUGAGCCUCCUCAUCGCUCUCGGAAGCGCAGAAACAUCUGCCUUGCGGCGACCGCCGCCGUUGUCGUGACCGUUCUCAUUCUGGUCAUAUUCUGUCUGACUGUGUUCAAAGCCAAGGACCCUGAAACGACGGAGAACUCGGUCGUUUUGAGGAACCUGCAAACCGACUUCAACAUCAACAGAGCCACCGUCGACGUGAACAUCACUCUCGAUGUGGACAUGACGGUGAAGAACCCUAACAAGUUGGGAAUGAAGUACACCAACAGCACCGCGUUAUUGAACUACAGGGGUGAGUUGGUGGGCCAGGCUCCAAUCGUAGCCGGAGAUAUUUCCGCCGGUGAGACCAAGUCUAUGGAUGUUACACUUACCGUUAUGGCAGACCGGUUUUUGGGGAAAACAUCGGAGCUUUUACAGGAUGUAAUCGCCGGUAGCAUUCCGUUCAACACUGUCACCAAAAUUUCCGGCAAAGUCACUAUAUUGGGUAUCUUCAAGGUUCAUGUGGUAUCCACCUCGUCAUGCGAUUUCAAUGUCCAUGUCGGAAGGAACACAGCCGGAGACCAAAAGUGUACGUACAAGACAAAAUUGUAA